GUGUGAUGGAUAGGUAACAGAAGACCGCUCCCCUUCUUUGUCAGGGUGUCAACAUGACGGAGUGCUUCCUGCCCCCCACCAGCAGCCCUGGGGAACACCGAAGGGCCGAGCAUGGCAGUGGGCUGACCCGGACCCCCAGCUCUGAAGAGAUCAGCCCUACAAAAUUUCCUGGAUUGUACCGGACGGGUGAGCCCUCGCCUCCCCAUGACGUCCUCCAUGAGCCCCCUGAUGUAGUGUCAGAUGAUGAGAAAGACCAUGGGAAGAAGAAAGGGAAAUUUAAGAAGAAGGAAAAAAGGACUGAAGGCUAUGCUGCCUUCCAGGAAGACAGCUCUGGGGAUGAAGCCGAAAGUCCUUCCAAGAUGAAGAGGUCCAAGGGAAUCCAUGUGUUUAAGAAGCCCAGCUUCUCUAAGAAGAAGGAGAAGGACUUUAAAAUGAAAGAGAAGCCCAGGGAGGAGAAGCCCAAGGAGAAGAAGUCUAAAGACCUGACCGCGGCUGAUGUGGUCAAACAGUGGAAGGACAAGAAGAAAAAGAGAAAGCCCGCUCAGGAGCCAGAGGUGCCGCAGACCGACGCUCCGAGCCUCAGGCCCAUCUUUGGUGUUCCCUUGGCUGACGCGGUGGAGAGGACCAUGCUGUGUGAUGGUGUUCGCUUGCCAGCUGUCUUCCGAGAGUGUGUAGACUACAUGGAGAAGCACGGGAUGAAGUGCGAAGGCAUCUACAGAGUUUCAGGAAUCAAAUCAAAGGUAGAUGAGCUAAAAGCAGCUUAUGACCGAGAAGAGUCUCCAAACUUGGAAGAAUACGAGCCUAACACUGUAGCCAGCUUGCUGAAGCAGUAUUUGCGAGACCUUCCAGAGAAUUUGCUUACCAAAGAGCUGAUGCCCCGAUUUGAAGAGGCUUGUGGGAGGACCACGGAGAUGGAGAAAGUGCAGGAAUUUCAGCGCCUGCUCAAGGAACUGCCAGAAUGUAACCACCUUCUGAUCUCCUGGCUCAUUGUGCACAUGGACCAUGUCAUUGCAAAGGAGCUAGAAACAAAAAUGAACAUCCAAAACAUCUCUAUAGUGCUGAGCCCAACUGUCCAGAUCAGCAAUCGUGUCCUGUAUGUACUUUUUACACAUGUGCAAGAGUUCUUUGGCACUGUAGUCCUGAAGCAAGUGACAAGACCUCUUCGAUGGUCCAACAUGGCCACAAUGCCUACACUGCCAGAGACCCAGGCCGGCAUCAAGGAGGAGAUCAGGAGACAGGAGUUUCUUCUGAAUUGCUUACAUCGAGAUCUGCAGGGCGGGAUAAAGGACUUGUCUAAAGAAGAACGGCUCUGGGAAGUGCAGAGGAUCCUGACCGCCCUCAAGAGGAAGCUGAGGGAAGCUAAGAGACAAGAGUGUGAAACCAAGAUUGCACAGGAGAUAGCCAGUCUUUCAAAAGAAGAUGUUUCCAAAGAAGAAAUGAAUGAAAAUGAAGAAGUUAUAAAUAUCCUUCUUGCCCAGGAGAACGAGAUCCUCACCGAGCAGGAGGAGCUUCUGGCCAUGGAGCAGUUUCUGCGUCGUCAGAUUGCCUCAGAGAAAGAAGAGAUUGACCGCCUCCGAGCUGAGAUUGCGGAGAUCCAGAGUCGCCAGCAGCACGGCCGGAGUGAAACUGAGGAGUACUCCUCUGAGAGUGAGAGCGAGAGUGAGGACGAGGAGGAGCUACAGAUCAUCCUGGAAGACUUACAGAGACAGAAUGAAGAGCUAGAAAUAAAGAACAAUCACCUGAACCAAGCGGUCCAUGAGGAGCGGGAGGCCAUCAUUGAGCUCCGAGUGCAGCUCCGCCUGCUCCAGAUGCAGCGAGCCAAGUCUGAGCAGCAGCUGCAGGACGGCGAAGAGCCUGAGCGGCGCGGGGGCCCAGGCCCUGUGACGCCCUGUGAUGGUGUCCUCGUGGUCAGAGCAGCUAAGGAGCAGGCGAGGCCCUCGCCCAGCAAAGACCGGAAGGAGACACCGAUCUGAACUCCGGCGGGCCCUGUGCAUCUUACUGUAAGCAAGUCAGCUGCCUUUCCUGCUGUACAUUCUGUAAAGGUUCUCAGCCACUCCCUGCUCAAGUCUGACUUGUGUCAGGCUUAGGUCCCGGGCGGGUGAAGCAGUGGAUACCGGAUCGCGCAGGGAACAUGGGCAUUUCCAGAUAGUGUCAGCUUAUUUGACAAUUAAUUUUCUUUGUUAAAAAUAACUAUUUUAACCCUUGAGUGGCUUCUUUUUAAACCAAAAAUCGUCUUUUUUUUUUUUUUUUUUUUUU